CUUUUUCUCUUUUCCCACUUCCCAGGCUGAAAGUGGCAAUAGUGAAAUUACCCGGAAGAUGAUGGGCCAAAAUGAAAGUUCUUAAAGUAUAUGGCGUCCUGGCAAAUAGACGAACAGCAGGGGCUCCGUAGUUGAGAGUCGAUGAGACAUCAAAGCCGCACUGUCGACAUCCUUUGCCCCACUCGCACCACUCGCUGAAUCACAGCCGUGCCAGCAGUACACGCUCCACACUCUGAAUCACAGCAGUGCUAGCAGUACACGCGCCGCCAUGUGUUGGUGUCCGAAGUUGUAGCCGAACGUAUUGCCACCGUCUUGGAGUUCGAAAGCUUCGGAAUCAAUUUGUACGGUGGCCUAGGUUGUUGGAGAACAGUAUACUUUGUAUCUCUUUCUGUUGGUUAUCUAGUUCAGAAUCCUGAGCUGUCCGGCGAGAUGGGGUUGACAGAAAAGGAUGUUGACAAUGAAAAAGUGAGGGACUCGAUAGAUAGUCAGGUUACGGUAAAAGAGCAGCCUUCGAUUGGCAGUGGAAGCCCUUUGAGCAUUAGUGGCCGGAAUAAGUGUUUCGAAGGGAAAGAUGCGUUAUCUUAUGCUAAUAUUCUCCGCUCACGGAACAAAUUUGUGGAUGCUUUUGCUGUCUACGAGAGUGUGUUGGAGAGGGAAUGCGAAAAUGUUGAAGCUCAUAUUGGUAAAGGGAUUUGCCUUCAGAUGCAAAACUUGGGGAGGGUCGCAUAUGAGAGUUUUGCUGAAGCCGUGAGGCUGGAUCCACAAAAUGCUUGCGCACUCACACAUUGUGGUAUCUUGUAUAAAGAUGAGGGGCGACUGGUGGAGGCAGCUGAGAUGUAUCAGAAAGCUCUAAAGGCUGAUCCAUCAUACAAGCUAGCCGCAGAAUGCUUGGCAAUUGUCUUGACAGAUCUUGGCACGAGUCUAAAACUUGCUGGAAACUCUCCGGAGGGAAUCCAGAAGUACUAUGAAGCUAUUAAGAUCGACCCACACUAUGCUCCUGCUUAUUAUAACCUUGGUGUUGUGUAUUCGGAGAUGAUGCAAUAUGACACGGCCCUUAGUUGUUAUGAAAGAGCUGCAAUAGAGCGACCCAUGUACGCGGAAGCAUAUUGCAACAUGGGUGUUAUUUAUAAAAAUCGUGGGGAUUUGGAGUCAGCAAUAGCCUGUUAUGAUAGGUGUCUAACUGUUUCCCCAAACUUUGAGAUUGCAAAAAAUAACAUGGCCAUUGCCUUAACAGAUUUAGGCACAAAGGUUAAAUUGGAGGGUGACAUCAACCAGGGUGUUGCAUAUUAUAAGAAAGCUCUUUACUACAAUUGGCACUAUGCUGAUGCCAUGUACAAUCUUGGUGUUGCUUAUGGGGAAAUGCUGAAGUUUGACAUGGCAAUUGUAUUUUAUGAACUUGCAUUCCACUUUAAUCCCCAUUGUGCGGAGGCAUGUAACAAUUUAGGGGUGAUAUACAAGGAUCGUGACAACCUCGAUAAAGCAGUAGAGUGUUAUCAGAUGGCUUUAUCUAUCAAACCCAACUUUUCACAGUCACUAAACAAUCUUGGAGUUGUGUACACCGUCCAGGGUAAAAUGGACGCUGCAGCAAGCAUGAUUGAGAAAGCUAUUGUUGCUAAUCCAACGUAUGCUGAGGCAUAUAACAAUUUAGGGGUUCUUUACCGAGAUGCUGGAAAUAUAUCUCUGGCAGUUGAAGCUUAUGAGCAGUGCCUCAAAAUAGAUCCAGACUCCCGCAAUGCAGGCCAGAAUCGCCUACUAGCAUUGAACUACAUAUAUGAAGGAGCUGACGAUAAAUUAUACGAGACUCACAGGGACUGGGGUAGGCGCUUUCUGAGGUUAUUUCCACAGUAUAAUUCCUGGGACAACGUUAAGGAUCCGGAAAGACCGCUUGUUAUUGCCUAUGUGUCUCCUGAUUACUUUACUCAUUCUGUGUCAUAUUUCAUUGAGGCACCAAUUAUUUAUCAUGACUAUGCAAACUACAAGGUGGUUGUCUACUCAGCAGUUGUGAAGGCAGAUGCAAAAACAAACAGAUUCAGGGACAGAGUCCUGAAGAAUGGUGGAACCUGGAGGGACAUUUACGGGAUUGAUGAGAAAAAAGUGGCGAGUCUAGUUAGAGAAGAUAAAAUUGAUAUCUUGGUGGAACUUACUGGUCAUACUGCAAACAACAAGCUGGGAAUGAUGGCUUGCCGGCCUGCACCUGUUCAGGUGACAUGGAUUGGCUAUCCUAACACAACUGGUUUGCCUACCAUCGAUUACAGGAUAACCGAUGCACUAGCCGACCCAGUUGACACGAAGCAGAAGCACGUUGAGGAGUUGGUGCGAUUACCUGACUCAUUUUUGUGCUACACUCCUUCCCCUGAAGCCGGGCCUGUGUCUCCAGCUCCUGCUCUAGCUAAUGGCUUUGUCACUUUUGGUAGUUUCAACAAUCUUGCAAAGAUAACACCUAAAGUGCUGCAAGUCUGGGCAAAGAUUCUAUGUGCAGUCCCGAAUUCUCGGCUUAUUGUCAAGUGCAAGCCCUUUUGCUGUGAUAGCUUAAGACAGCAAUUUCUUACAACCCUGGAGAAGUUGGGUUUGGACUCACUACGUGUUGAUCUUCUGCCUCUAAUCAUUCUCAACCACGACCAUAUGCAAGCGUAUUCUUUAAUGGACAUAAGCUUGGAUACUUUUCCCUACGCAGGGACAACUACCACGUGUGAAUCGCUAUACAUGGGAGUGCCAUGUGUCACCAUGGGAGGUUCGGUUCACGCUCAUAACGUUGGCGUGAGUCUUCUCAAAACAGUUGGCCUGAAUAAUCUGGUGGCAAAGAACGAAGACGAGUACGUGCAAAUGGCUGUACAGCUGGCAUCUGACCUUAAUGCUCUUUCGAGCUUGAGAAUGAGACUUCGUGAUCUCAUGCUCAAAUCUCCCCUUUGUGAUGGAUCCAAAUUCACCAGGGGCCUCGAGUCCGCAUUCAGGAAUAUGUGGAGACGCUACUGUAAGGAUGAUGUCCCGUCUCUAAGGCGUAUGGAGAUGGAAAAUUUGUGCACUCAACAGCCGUUGCUCGAUUCACAAAACGUUGCUCCACAAGAAAUGCCUGCAAAAUUUAAUGUCAGUGGUAACUCACCUAUUAAGGCCAAUGGAUUCAAACCCGAGCAAAUGAAUAAUACUUCCAGCCGUGAAGAAAACGGGUCGCUGUUGAAAAUUUCAAGCUGAACGAACCCCUGUUUUGAUUUUUGACGGCCAACAUUGGUCCGUGGAGGAUAUAUGAUUGUGAUCCAGGUUAGUGGUAUUUUUUUUCCAGUGGCGUUAAUGUAAUUCAUGAUGGGAAACGAAGGCCCCUCUGUAAUAUAUUUAUUUUAAUGGGGCUUUUUUAUAACCUGUGGUGGGAAUGGGAUGGCUUGGUUUUGGCAGAGCAUUCAUUUAAUCCUCAUCUGAGGAGCUGGAUUUUUGCGGAGGGGCUUGAUAUACUGGAAUUAGUCCUUAGAAAAAUAUUCGUAAGAAGAAAAGGUAUUGUUUUAGAAAUAUAAAGUCUAGUUCAGUGAAACAUCAAAAUGUAGUGGUGUGGCUUGUGGGAAUGUAUUAUCAAAUUUAGUAAUUUACUGCUUUUUUUUGUACAAGUGGGUUUUGCAUAUAUGAAGGAUUGAAAUAGUCGUGAAGGAAAAAGUUACAUGUCCAGUUAAUCGUUAUUAUCAGCUAUUUGUGUUGUCAAGGGUGAUCUUGAAAGAGCACAUGAAAAUGAUAGGGAGGGACUGGAAUUCCCCCUUUUUGAAAGAACUGCUUGUACUAGAGUUUGAAACAUAAAGUCAG